GCUAAUUCAGCUCAACUUUGCGCAAACCGAUAAAGAUAUUUCUAUAUAUACAUCCAUUGUUGAAGAUAGAUAUGGGAUAGUACUGAAAUCCUAAAAGCUUCGUUUUGAUUUUAUCUCACUUUGUAUCGAUCUGUCAGUGAUCUUUUAACGCCUUGACCUGCGGCGACUUAUACCACGUGAUAUAAAUCAAACUCUAAAUCGGCGAAAGUGCCCCAUACCGCGGCCCGCAAACAACGAAACUCAUAUCCCAGUCUACAUAUACAAAGUCCUUUCGAAUUGCAACCAUCAACUCCAAUACCAGAUUCCUCAUAUAUAUCAUAUUAACCCGCACUCGCCGGAUAACUGCUAAUCCUUUAACCCGAACCUUUAUCCCGUAAACCCGCCCGAAAACCACCAAAAUGUCGUUCCUAUUCGGAGGCCAACCAAAAUUAUCCUCAGAGGAGAAAAUCAGCAGGGCUGAGAUGGAGGUUGAGAUGGUCACAGAUAUGAUGACGCGGUGAGUUUACGGUUACACGACCCGGAAGCUAUGGACGAAAAUUUGCCUCCCCCCUUAAGGAAAAAAAAGGAACCCAACCUCUCAAGCGCCUGCAUGAAAAAGUGCAUCCCACCCGACUACCGCGAAGGAGACCUGAACAAAGGCGAAUCCGUUUGCCUCGACCGCUGUGUGGCCAAGUUCUUCGAAGUCAACAUGAAGGUUUCGGAGAAAAUGCAGCAGAUGCAAGGGCAGGCUAUGGGGCAGCAGGGUGGCUCUGGGUUUGGGAUGUAAACAAAGAGGACAAUACCUUUUUUUUUUAAUUCCACCAAGGGAGAGGGAGAUACCGAGAUACGGGGCCGUCGGCCACCGGAUGAUGGGAUAGAGAUGACGAUAAUGGAUACACGGAUGCGGGGGUUUCUUUUACAUCUUUUACAGCCUUUUCUUUCGCUACGUUUACCCAUCUAUUCUGGAGCUUGAUUGAUUCCCGGGGCGCCAUUCUCUCGUGCGUUGGAAUAUAAAUGCGGGUUUCAUCGUUGAGGGAUACGGUAUUUGCUUGGUUUGCGGAGCUGGCUAAAUGAGAUGUUACGAGAACAGCGUGGGCGAGAGACCGUAUUGUUCCUUAUGGGCGUGUCUUCCUUUAUAUUCCAUAAUCAGGCAUGGCGGUGAGAGGGGCUGUUGAAACUUGACUGUGGAGGCGGAAAACGCCUUUUGACAUCACUUGUUUUAUACCCUAUCUACGGAUUCAUGUUUGUGCAUCUAUGGGGCUAGCAGAUUCUUUUUUUGUACUUUUAUCGGUCAUAUGCUUGUACGCUGUCGUAUUCCUUUUGUAUUAUUAUAGUAAGAUUUAUGUUUUCACACCCCCUUGCUAUCUUGGUAUGGUAGAGCAGAUAGAUGCCAUUCGAUUUAAGUGAUCAAUGAAAUACUUCUUUGAUUUGCUAUGCUUGUCUGCUGCUAUGAAACGCCUUGCUAUGCGAGUAGUAACUAUAUGUACAGUACAAUCAAACAGGGUAUAAACCAGCUCUAAGUAAUCUGCAUAUGCAGCACUGCGAACCCCUGUAUCAAAAAGUAAAGGGGUAAAUAGAAACAUUCCAAUA